AUGGACGCCAAGCUGAAAGCACUCAAGGUCGUCGACCUCAAGGACAUCCUCACCCGCGCCGGUGUCUCCGUCCCCAGCAAGUCCAACAAGAACGACCUCAUCGCGCGCGUUCUCGCGUCUCCCGCCGCCCUCGACGUGUACAACGCGCAGCACUCGCCCAAGGCACCCGUCGCGACGUCAGAAAAACUCACUGAACAACAGCCGCAGCCCACACGCGACGAGCCACCAUCAGAGCCACCUUCGCAACCCACACCUCCUGCCGCCACCCCGAACUCGCCUGCACGCGCACCCGUCAAGCCUACAUCAUCUGCCGCACAAGUCACACCCGACACGCCCUCCACCGAAACGGCAGCUACUCCCAAUGCCUCCAAGUCUGCCGAAGACGACGAGCUGGAGAGGCGGAAGGCGCGAGCAGCGCGGUUUGGCCUUCCCCUAGUCGAGCCGUCGAAAACGCCACCGGAGUCCAAGAAGGUCGUCAAGAACGCAAACACAAAGAUCGCUGGUGCGCCGCUCAACGAUCCGGACAAGCUCGCUGCUCGUGCAGCACGGUUCGGUACAGCGCAACCUGCCGCGACGCAGACGACUACCUCUCAGUCUAACGGCCGGAAGCGUAACGCGCCGCCGGUAGAAGCCGCUGACGAGGAGGAAUUGGAAAAACGGAGAAAACGCGCAGAACGGUUCGGGAUGCCAGUUGUUGGUGCGAAGGCUUGA